AUGGAACAGCACACAUUUCGUCGCCGAGGUCUAGGCCUCCGAGGAGUCGACAACCAGCGCGUCUCACCAGGCUACGUGCUAUACGCACCUCUAACUUCAAACACGGCCCAUCUAGUUUCAACUGCAGGCAAAGAAGUGCACCGUUGGACCCUCCCCCACAGGGCAGGCCGACACGCCCGCAUCCUCCCAAACGGAAACUUAGCCUACAACGGCGCACACCCAGACGCACCCCGACUAUUCCCAAUGUGGGCGAAAUACCGCGGCGGCGUAAUGAUGCAAGUGAGCCCAGACGGCGACAUAAUCCGCCAGUACUCGGACCCGCUGGCCCAUCAUGACCAGAACAAUCUCGAAGACGGCACCAUCCUCUACACAACGCUAGAGCCCCUCAGCAGCGAGGAAGCAUCGCGCGUGCAAGGCGGCAUCCCAGGAAGCGAAGCACCGAACGGCAUCAUCUACAGUGACUGCAUCAAGCUCGUCCAACCCUGGGAAUUAUCUACCAUCUCCUCAUCCGCCGACUUCGACGGCAGUGGUGGAAACGGUGGCGCAAAGCUUCUCUGGUCAUGGCGGGCAAUCGACCAUCUUGACCCUGCAGUCUUCGCGGCGCACCCGCACUACCCGCGCGAGCAUUGGCCGCUGAUAAACAGUGUUGCCUUUGACUCUGAGGGGAAUAUCAUCGCCUCGUCGCGGAAUGCAUCCAGUGUAUUCGUGAUCAGUCGUGUAACAGGUGAAGUAUUGUGGCACCUAUCUGCACCGACGGUCAGUCAGCAGCACUGUGCCCACCAGAUCAAUGACGCGGGUGAUAUACUCAUUUUCGAUAAUGGGGUUUUCAGGCCAGGGCUCGCGGUUCCGUUUUCGCGGGCGAUUGUCGUUUCCCGAGAGAAGGUUGUCAAGUGGGAAUAUAAGGAUCCGUCGACCGGGGGCUGGGGUUCUUUACGCCGUUUAUGGGAUCAGCGCAAAAAUUGA